AUGAGACCACGGAUGCCUGGCUACCUCCCCAGGCCCUAUGGCGGUGCCCGUAAGGCAAGCAGGCAUCGGGUGGACGUGGUUCCCAUUCUCCAGUGCCUCUUCCUUCCAUGGUUGCUCUUCUGCGCUGUCUAUGCGCUGCUGUCUUGCUCCUUGCACUUCUACCGGCCCAGCCUGGCCUACACGUUGGUAGCCUUGGCAGCUUUCUUGCCGACCACUCUGGCAUGGAUCUCUCUGCGCUUGCAAAGCUUCCAGCCUAGCUGGUACAGCUUCCUUGCAGUCACUACGUUGGUCGCUUGGCUACUGGGGGUUGUUUUUGGUAACUUGAAUUACGCGGCCACGACGGAGCCGUUCUCGCAGUACAUCAACAUGGACGUGCUCCCGGAGGUGAGCCCCACUGUCUGGGACGGUGAGGCGGCCAUGUCCGUGGGCCGUGUUUACUUUGGCAAGGACUCGGCUUUGGACGUCAGGAGGUCCAUGGCUUUUAAAAACGUGGACACCUACUGCGUUGCUCCAAUUUCAGUCCUCCAAGGAGGGGUCAUCCUCCCGCUCGAGACCUACGAUUUCUGGGCAAUUGGGGUGGACUGCUGUUCCGUGAAUGCGGCGGACUUCCACUGUGGCGAAGCCCGGAACCCGGCGGCCCACAGCGGCCUGCGCUUGCUGGACAGCGAGCAUCGGAGCUUCUACCGCUUGGCCGUCGAGCAGGCUGAGGCAGCUUAUGGCCUCAAGGCAAGGCACCCAGUCUUCUUCUACUGGGUGGAGGAUGCCACUGCAGAGAUGGACUCCUUCCGAAAUGAUGGCUACAAGUACUUUCUGAUCGGGAUGCUGAGUCACUUUGCCUGGCAGCUGCUUUGUGUGAUCUUGGCUGUAGCCGCCUUCUCCAAGUGGGGGUAUUCCUAA